UGGAUAUUGUUUUUCAGGUACAUAAAAAUGACUAGGUAGCAAGUUUGUAAAUUGACUGAAAGGAAUACUAGCUCUUUCAAUAUUUAAGAUGCCAUCUUCAUGGGGAAAAUCUUCCUCACUAACAAUAACAAUUUGUACUGCUUUUCAGCUGAGAAUAAGAAUACAAGAUACAAUAUACAAACAAGAUAACAAAUGAAAUAAGCAGCAAAGUAGGAGAGAGGUAGUCAAUUUUAAGUACAACGAUAACCAAGGUUAGGAGCACUAAUGAAACCAUUGUUAGUCUCACUAAGGAAGAAGUAGCAACAACCGAGCGGCAAGAGUUAUCAAAUUAGGAACCAUUGUUAGUUUCAAAUCUGGCUAGAUAUCAAAUAGAAAUCAGAAACCAGCUGUUCUUUCAUGUUAUCAAAUUGUCAAUACACUUGUAUAUUUGUAGGUUAGUUGUAAGUUGAAAUGUGGUCCUAGUAUGUAACUUCCUCCUCGUUUGGCUUUGUUCCUGUGGCCUCCUCCUCCGUGUAGUCUAAUUGGAUAGAAGUACAAUUUGAGCAGAGCUUAGAAAGCAAGUUUUUAUUUUAUUUUUUUGGUUAUUACUCAAGUUGAUUUUAGUUUUCUAUCAGAGCAAGAGCUUUGACAAAUUUUGUUAAUUAGUUAUGCUUUUUGUACAUGGUGCGACUAAUACAUUCUUAGCAGGACAAUGGGAAUAGACAAAAGUUGGAUAAUCAUCCAAGAUAGAUCUCUUAUCGAAUAUGAAAUGGGUGUUGAUGCAUUCUUGGAUUAUGCUUUCAAUCAACUAGGAGAUGUUAGGAGAAUUCGUUGCCCUUGUACUAAAUGCAAUAAUGUGGUAUUUAAGACACGUGAUGAGGUGAAAGCGGAUUUAUUUUUCAACGGGAUGACUCAAUCUUAUACCACGUGGCAUCAUCAUGGUGAAUCAUCAGAUGAAUCCGAUUCUAAUGAGCUAGUAGAUGAAGACAUGUCAAGUGACGACGGGCGUGAAGACAUUAAUAGAAUGGUGGAGGACAUGUUUGCACAUAAAGGGCAUGCAGAAACUAGUGAAGCAGGAAAGGAGUCCAUAGGAUGUGAGCAAUCUAAUAUUGAUGCACAAAACUAUUUUCACCUUUUAGAAGAAUGUGAACAAGAUGCCUAUCCUAGGUGUAAGAAAUAUUCUAAGUUGAAGUUUCUGGUGACUUUGCUAAAUUUGAAAUGCCUCAAUGGAUGGACGGACAAAUCAGUUACAAUGUUGUUGGAGUUUCUUAAGGAUUUUUUGCCUGCUGAUGCAAAUAUUCCCAAAUCAUACUACGAAAUGAAAAAUAUUAUUAAAGACUUGGGUCUUCAAUAUAUUAAGAUUGAUGCGUGUAAAAAUGACUGUGUUCUUUAUCGGAAGAGUCUUGAGGAUGCCACUGAAUGCCCAACUUGUGGUGAGUCUAGAUGGAGAGUAGGCCAGAGAAAGAAAAAUGCAACAUUGAAGAUGAGGAAGAAGAUUCCGCAUAAGGUGUUGAGGUAUUUUCCUCUAACUCCUCUAUUGCAACGAUUAUACAUGAAUUCUGAAGUAGCUACUGCUAUGAGAUGGCACAAUGAUUUGAGACCCAAUGACGGUAUUUUAAGGCAUCCUGCUGAUUCCAUGGCUUGGAAAUCUUUUGAUCUAAAUCAUUCCGAAUUUUCCAAAGAGCCACGCAAUGUUCGAUUGGGUUUAGCAACUGAUGGAUUCAACCCAUUUGGGAACAUGAGUACUAGUUAUAGCAUUUGGCCCGUUGUUUUAGUUCCGUACAACUUGCCUCCAUGGAUGUGCAUGAAGAGUGAUUUUUUUAUGAUAUCUUUAAUUAUUCCUGGUCCAAAGGCUCUUGGAAAUGACAUAGAUGUAUACAUGGCGCCUCUUAUUGAGGAAUUGACGGAGUUAUGGGAGACGGGGGUUGAAACAUAUGAUUUAUCCAAGAAAGAGAAUUUCAAAAUGCGUGCCGCAAUACUUUGGACCAUAAGUGACUUUCCAACAUAUGCCAAUUUAUCAGGGUGGAGCACAAAAGGAAAACUAGCAUGCCCUUGCUGUAAUAAAGACACUGCUUCCUCCUGGUUAAGGCAUGGAAAGAAAUUUUGUUAUAUGGGUCAUCGUCGCUUUUUGCCACCUGGUCAUAAAUGGCGAGAAGAUAAAAAAUUAUUUAAUGGGGAAAAGGAAACACAACUAGCUCCUAAGGUUUUAUCAGGUAAUGAAGUUUUGGAGCAAUUGAAUCAAUUUAAGCAGGUAACAUUUGGGAAAGGAAAUAAAAAGAGAAGGCGUGGUCGAAAUAAUGAAUGCUAUUUGAAUUGGAGGAAGCAUAGUAUUUUCUUCGAUUUGCCAUAUUGGCAUACCUUAUUAAUUCGUCACAACUUGGAUGUCAUGCAUAUCGAAAAAAAUUUGGGAGAUAAUAUAAUUAGUACAUUGAUGGAUAAUGAUGGAAAGAGUAAAGAUAACUUGAAUGCCCGUAUGGACUUGAUGGAGAUGGGCAUAAGAAAAGAACUAUAUCCAAUACCGAUUAAAGCAAGUGAUACUGGAAUUGUGUCCAAGUACAAGAUUCCGGCCGCAUGUUACACUAUGUCAAAAGUUGAAAGGCUAAGUUUCUGUAACUUUUUGAAAAAUUUGAAGCUUCCUGAUGGAUUUUCUUCAAAUAUUUCUAAAUGUGUCAACAUGAGUGAUGGCAAACUCCAAAAUAUGAAGACUCAUGAUUAUCAUUGUCUUUUGCAUCGCCACCUCCCAUUGGGCAUUCGCGGAUUGUUAAAAAAGGAUGUAUCUAAUGCUUUAGUUGAAUUUAGUGCUUUCUUUCGCGAAUUGUGCUCGAAGUCAUUGAAGAUGGAUGAUUUGGAGAGACUUGAGCGCUCAGUGGCUAUUACAUUAUGUAAAUUGGAAAAAAUAUUUCCUCCCGCAUUUUUUGACAUAAUGGUUCAUUUGGCCAUUCACCUAGCUAGUGAGGCAAAGAUUGCGGGUCCCGUGCAAUAUCGAUGGAUGUAUAAAUUUGAAAGGGAUUUUCGAAGGUUAAAAUCGUAUGUCCGUAAUAAAGCUCGUCCUGAGGGAUCAAUAGCCGAAGGAGUAAUAGCUCAAGAAUGCCUCACGUUUUGUUCUAGAUACUUAAAAGGAGCAGAGACACGGUUAAAUCGAGUUGGAAGAAAUUACGAGGGUGAAUCAAUAUAUGAUAGAUCGACCUUAUCAGUUUUUAGCCAAAAGGGCUCCUCAUUAGGUGAAUAUAAGCGGGAGCUGAUGGACAUAAGUGAUCUUAGACGGGCACACAUGUAUGUUCUUAAAAAUUGUCCGGAAGUCAUACCAUUUAUAAGGGAACAUAGAGAAUUGGUCGAAGGUUAUGAUGAUAGAAAUAUUGAUAAAAGGCAUGAAGAGCAAUUUAGUGAUUGGUUUGAAGAUACAAUAACGAUAAUGUACAAUAACAAAGAUGGCAGAGUCUCAACGGAACUUCUACAAUUGGCGCGAGGACCAGAUAGACGAGUAUUUUGUUAUUCUGGAUAUUUAAUUAAUGGCUUCAGAUUUCAUACAAAAGAGCGUGAAGAAACAUUGAAGAGUCAGAAUAGUGGAGUAUGGGUACAGGGGGAUGAUGGCUACUGUAGUAGAGACUAUUUUGGGCAGCUUUUAGAUAUAAUCGAACUGCAAUAUCAAGGAUCGAAUAAAGUGUUUCUUUUCAAAUGCCAUUGGUGGGAUGUAUGCACAGUUGGUCGAGGCUAUAGAGAAGAUAAUGAUGGUUUUUUCGCCGUGAACACUGACCGUCAACUACCUACCAAUGCAAUUGAUCCGUAUGUGUUGGCAUCGCAAGCGCAACAAGUUUACUACGUGGAAGAUAUUAACGAUCCAAAGUGGCAUUUUGUAAUUAAGACAAGACCGCGUGAUUUGUAUGACAUUCCAACGAUGGAGAGUAACGAAGUUGGUGUUCAAAGUUCUUCAAUAAUGGAGGAGAUCAUCCAAGAAGCUGAGAUAAUUGGAAAUUCUUGUGGAUACAUGAACAUUGAGGAUGAAGAUGAUGGGUUUGAGUUAAUACGAAAUGAUACAGAAGGGAUUACUAUAGAUGCUGAUGAGUUGAAUAUUGAUUUGCUUAAUAUCAAUGAUAGUUCAGAUGAAUAAGCUAAUAUUAAUUAAUUUCAGGUGCAUGAUUUUAGCUUCUUUCGAAUGGGUAUUGCAUGUGUUGUUUCGGUAAUGCUUGAGAGGAAUGUUUGCCCUAUGAGGUGCAGGCUGAAAGUGCUCUAGAGGAAUCAGGUUCUUUGUUUUCGUGUGUUGGAUUGUUUCACCAAAAAUGGUGUAUUUGGAGAACACACCAUUUUUGGUCACCUAUGUGCCAAACUAAGCUCAGGCUGUGUUGACUAUUGGAUCAUAUUUAUCUUAACUUUUAAUGAGUUAAACAUUUUGUAGCUUUGGUAUGUGGUGUUGAAUGGUACAAUGCACUUUGGUCAAUUAUUGGGUCAAAGACUGAACAAGUUUUUUAUGUGGUUAUGCUGGUCAAUUA